AUGGCCACCAUGGAGAAGACCGAAGGGCAUGUCUCCGAACAUGUCACAUCUACGACUGGCCAGAACGUUGCCGAUGACACCACCGCUGCCAUCAACAAUGAACACAAUAUGUCAGUUCGUCAAUCGCUGCGCUUCUGGUGGAAGGCCAUCGUCUUUUCCUUUGUCAUCUCGCUCUGCGUUGUCAUGGAGGGCUACGAUACUUCUCUGAUGAACAAAUUCUUCGCUUUCCAGCCCUUCCGAAACAAGUUUGGUGAUCAGGUUGAUGCCGAUGGCGUCAAGAUCGUCUCAUCGCGAUGGCAGACAAUUAUCCUCAACGGAACUCAGGUUGGAUGCAUUCUCGGUCUCAUCAUCAACGGAUACAUCACCGAAUGGAUUGGAUACAAGAAGACUAUGAUUGGCAGCAUGAUUUUCAUGGUUGGUGCCAUCUUCAUCCCGUUCUUCUCCACAGGCUUGGAAAUGUUCCUUGUUGGUGGCAUCAUCCAGGGUCUGCCAUGGGGGGUCUUUCAGACCCUUGCCAUCUCAUACGCUGCGGAUCUUUGUCCUACGCAUCUCAGAGGUACGCAGAGCAAAAGUGGACAUUUCGCAGGAUACAUGACUUCGUGGAUCAACAUGUGCUGGGGAGGACUCUUAUCGACGGGUAUUCUGACUGGUCUGAUGAAGAAUACAACACAAUGGGGCUACCGCAUUCCUUUUGCACUGCAGUGGAUUUGGCCCAUACCCAUUAUCCUGGCUACUUUCCUCGCUCCCGAGUCUCCGUGGUGGCUCGUUCGACAGGGUCGUAUCGAUGAAGCGAAGGUAGCAAUCAGCAAGAUCACUACCCCUACGGAAGGCAUAGAGUUCGACCUCGAUGCACACGUUGAGAUGAUGGUCGUUACCGACAAGUACGAGAAGCAAGUUGGUGCUGGAACCAACUACUGGCACUUGUUCCGCGGAAGUGAUUUGCACCGCACGGAAGUAUCUGCGAUGGCUUUCAUAACUCAGGCGCUCUGUGGUGUCCCAUUCAUGGGCUUCGGCACUCAAUUCAUGCAAGGCGUUGGCCUCAGCCAGGACGACUCUUUCCACCUUACCAUCGGUCAAGACUGCUUGGGUUUGGUCGGUUGCUUCAUUGCAUGGUGGAUCAUGACGCGUUAUGGCCGUCGCCCCAUCUACCUCGUUGGUCUUUCCGCCAUCUUCAUCAUUCUUCUGAUUGUUGGCUUCAUCGGCCUUGCACCUCCUACGAACAAGAGCGCGAGUCUUGCGGGAGGUGUACUGAUUAUUCUCAUGAUUUUCUGCUUCCAGCUCUCUCUGGGACCUAUCUGCUACUCUCUCGCCGCCGAGAUCCCCUCGUCCCGCCUGCGUGUCAAGACUGUCGCCCUCUCCCGCGCAUCCUACAACUCCAUUGUCUUCAUCACCAACACCAUCAUGCCGAAGAUGGUCGGCAAGAACGACUGGAACUGGGGAGCCAAAGGAGGCUUUUUUUGGGCCGCUAUCGCGCUCUUGUUCAUUGCGUGGGGCUACUUCCGUCUUCCUGAGCCCCGGGGCUUCACGUACUCUGAGCUGGAUUUGAUGUUUGAGCACAAGGUUUCGGCACGCAAAUUUACGCGUGAGGCGGCCGAUGCGCUAAAGCCUGCGCUUACGGAUGUUGCGCACCAGUAUGAGAAGCAGAAUGAUGCUGAGCGUGUUGAGUCUCGUGCGUAG